AUGUCAGUGUGGAUGAAACGUGGGAAUUACAACCAUGAAUACCACCACAAAGAUAGCAAAUAUGUGGUAAAAGAAUACAGCAGCUCUGAGGCGAUGGAGGAAAGAUAUGAGCACAAAACACGUGUUCACGUCCAGGAAAUGAUAAGUGCAAAGAUGUUGGACAAAUAUGUGCGUGAGGGGCCUAUGAUCAGGGGACCAAAGUUCCUGGCCAGACUCAGAUCCCACACCGUGUUUGAACACACUCCGGUCAAACUCUUCUGUACUGUCGAUGGCUUCCCCAUGCCUAUUGUAAAAUGGUAUAAAGAUGAUGUGAUUCUGGACGUGUCCUCUGGAAAGUACCUGGUCGAAGCUAAAGGUGGAGUCCAUUCUCUGGAGAUCCCAAGAUGCUCAACUGAUGAUACCGCCCAGUACACUGUGGUGGCUGGUAACAACCAUGGACAGGCCUCUAGUCAGGCCUCCAUCAUUGUCAAGAGGUUCAAGCAGGAAGAGGAGUCCUGUCCUUAUGCAUGGCUGCCUUUCACUGCUGCCAUGCUUCCCAAGAUCCACUACACUAAAAUCAACAUCACUUUUCUGGAAAAGUUUGGGCCUGUUUUUGCAACUGAGGGAGAAUCUGCAUCACUGACUGCUACUAUGACCCUGAACCCCAACCUGGCCAACCUGCAGCCUGAGGCACAGUGGUACAGAGAUGACACGCGUCUGUUUGAUUCUAAAUGGGUGAAGAUUGAAACUGGCAGAGGAGUCACCACCUUGACUCUUCCUAACCUCUUCAAGGAUGAUGAAGGCCUCUACACACUACGCAUGGUCACUAAAGGAGGCACUGCAGAACACAGUGCUUUUGUCUCUGUCUCAGAUGGUCCUCCCCCAGUCCCUGGUGCACCUGGUGCUCCCAUGGACAUCAAGAUCCACGAUGCCAAUAGAGACUAUGUCAUUGUGUCAUGGAAGCCCCCAAAUACCACCACAGAGGGACCAAUCCUGGGAUACUUUGUGGACAAAUGUGAGGUUGGAACUGAAAACUGGACCCAGUGCAAUGAUCACCCCAUUAAGAUAUGUAAAUACCCAGUGUCUGGGCUGUUUGAAGGACACUCCUUCUACUUCAGAGUCAGAGCAGUGAACUCGCACGGAAUCAGCAAACCAUCCCGCAUGUCUGAUCCUAUUGCUGCACUGGACCCCACUGAGUUUGCGAAGCUCCAUGCCAAAAAACUUGGAGGAAAACUAGAUGUUGUGUCUUACCAUGAUGAAGUGGAAGCUGAGGGAAAGCCUCCAGGUGCUCCAUCAGGGAUUAAUGCCUCAGAAACAGACAGGACAUAUGUUGUUCUGAGCUGGAAAGCCCCCGCAUAUUCCAGCAAGGCUCCCAUGUGGUACUACAUAGAAAAGUGCCUGGCAGACACUGGUGCAUGGCAGCGUGUUAACACUCAGGUUCCUAUUCGAUCUCCCCGUUACGCCGUAUUUGACCUAGCAGAGGGCAAACAAUACAAGUUCAGAGUUGUGUCUGCCAAUAUGUAUGGAAACAGCGAGCCAUCAGAGCCAACUGGACCUGUCGAGACUCAGGAGCUCAAAGGUGUGCCAUCUGCUCCCGGUCAGGUGAUUUCUACCAGGGAAACAGACACCUCUGUCCUCAUCCAGUGGGCUCCUCCAAAGGAACCCAACAAUCUGAUUGGCUACUAUAUCGACCAGUGCGUGAAAGGGUCCAAGGACUGGACCUCGGCCAAUCACAAACCUCACAAGAGCACCAAGUUUGUGGUUAGUGGUUUGACCAAAGGAGAAACCUAUGUGUUCCGUGUCCAGGCUAUCAAUGAGCUGGGUCUUAGUGAUGAAUCCCAGGAGUCCGCACCUCUGACUGUUAAGGCUGCCCUCACCAACCCCUCUUCUCCCUACGACGUCGCACUACUGAACUGUGACGGCCAUUCAAUGGUUCUUAACUGGAAAAAGCCUCUUCACACUGGAGGAGCAAAGAUCAAGGAGUAUUACGUGGACAAAAGACGCAGCGGAACAACCAUGUGGAGGGAAGUUCACAUCCCACCACUCACAGAAAGACUUUAUAAGGUGGAGGGCUUGACAGAGGGAGCAGUCUAUCAGUUCCAUGUGUAUGCAGCCAACCUGGCUGGCCUUGGAACAGCUUCCAAACAAUCAGCUGAUUUCACCUGUGAGGCCUGGACUAUGCCAGAGCCUGGUCCUGCCUAUAACCUGACUUUCACUGAAGUGAGAGAUAAUUCAUUGGUGGUUGAGUGGCAAAAGCCUGUCUAUGCUGGUUCUGGACCAAUUACAGGCUAUCAUGUUGAGUACGCUAAGAAGGGCACUUCUGAGUGGACCACAGCCAAUCAGACGGCUGUCAGUCAUCGUUUCCACAAGGUAACAGGUCUGGAGGCGAACACUAGCUAUAUUUUCCGAGUACGUGGGGUCAAUGCUGCUGGAGUGGGUAUGGCCUCAAUGCCAUCUGACCCAGUGACUGCCAAGGCUGUGGCAGGUUUCCAGGAGGUAUCCUGUGGUGUGGAUGAGAAGUCGGGUGACAUUGUUAUGUCAUUCGAGUCGUGCCAAACAAACGAGGGCUCUCAGUUUAUCUGGAAGAAAGAUUAUAAAGAAAUCACAGAUUUCUCCAAAGGAGUGGUGAUUAAGACCGAAGGCAGCCAUUCUAAGCUGAUCUUUAAGAAUGCAGAUAAAGAGGACUUCGGGACAUAUUCUGUUUCUGUCACCAACACAGAGGGAGUGUCAUCCAGCUAUAAGAUCUCUGCUGAAGAGUUGGCUAAGAUGCUGGCACUCAGCUAUGAUAUCAGACACCCAAUCAUACCACUGAAAUCAGAGUUGGCCUAUAAGAUUUUGGAGAGAGGCAGAAUGAGGUUCUGGCUGCAGGCUGAGGAGAUUUCUUCCAAUGUCACCUACAAAUUCUUUGCCAACAACAAGGAACUGUCUGGAGCUGAUCCCAACAAGAUGGGUCAUGACGUCUCUACAGGUAUCAUUGAGUUCAUCAUGGACCAUUUCACCGAGGAGAAUGAGGGGACAUUUACCUGCCAGAUCACAGAUGGAGGAGGCAAAGCACAGAGCUCCCUGGUUCUCAUUGGAGAUGCUUUCAAGGCAGCGCUUGCUGAGGCUGACUACCAGAGGAGAGAGUACAUCAGAGUCAAAGAGGGUCCCCACUUCAGUGAGUUCCUGUCACUUCAGGUUGGAGAGGACUGCUCUGUCACUUUGGUCUGCAAGGUUGCUAACUUGAAGAAGGAAUCAGUGUUCCACUGGUAUAAAGAAGACACAGAGAUCAUCCCUGAUGUGAAACCUGACCUGGGAUCAGGAGUCUGUAAACUGCCAAUUAAACUGUUUUCACUGAAGACAGCAGGAGUUUAUAAGGCCACCAUCAGUGAUGACAGAGGAAAAGAUAUGAGCCAAAUUGACAUCUCUGGAAAAGUUUUUGAGGAUGCCAUCAACAAGAUCAGCCAACUGGCUGGAGCCAGUGCGGCAGAGCUGGUGAUUAACUGCACAGCAACAGGCAUUCAGAUGCAGUGUCACAUGAAGUAUUACACCUCAGAGAUGAACAUCACCUGGUAUCAUGGUGAGACUAAACUCUCCCACAGUGACAAGGUUGUGAUUGGAGGAACUCCUUCUAUGGCAACAAUGGAGGUGAUUGAGCCGAUGGAGAAGGAUAAAGGAAUGUACUCCAUCGUGAUCACGGACCCUGAAAACUCACAUAAACGCAAACUGGACCUCAGUGGUGAUGUGUAUGAGAAGGCCUUCGCCGAGUUCCAGAAACUCAAGGCUGAGGCUUAUGCUGAGAAGAAUCGUGGUAAGGUGGUAGGAGGACUGCCUGAUGUGGUCACCAUUAUGGAAAAGAAGACUCUGAGUUUAACAUGUACAGUGUGUGGCGACCCCAAGCCUCAGGUCUCAUGGUUGAAGAACGGAGCGGAUGUGGAACCUGACGAUCAGUACGUGGUCUCCAUGGACCAGGGCAAGUUUGCAAGUCUGACGAUCAAAGGUGUUACCAUGGAGGAUUCUGGCAGAUAUACCAUGAUUGUCCAGAACAAAUACGGAGGGGAGUCUGUGGAUAUAGUGGUCAGUGUGUACCGUCAUGGAGAGAAAAUCCCUGAGGCGAAGCCAACUCUGACCCCUAAAACAAUCAUCCCUCCCAAGGUCCCCAUUGAGAUCCCUCAGCCCAAGACCCAGCCUGCUCCUAGCCCCGCUCCUAGCCCUGCCCCUCCCAAGGCUCCAACAGGAAGAGGGGUGAAGAGUCCCACUCCCACUAGGAGGAAGUAGAAAGCAUGACAGUCAUAAAUGAGGAAGAAACAUAUUCACACACUGGUGCACAUGUAGAUCACACAAGCUUUCAUUGGUAUUCUCUAUCUGGACAAAUAUUAAAAGCAUUAAAUGAAAUGGACCUAAUGCACUUGGUGUUAAAUUAGAGACUCGAGGAAACCCUGAUAGUUAAAAUAAUAAUAAUAGUAAUAAAAACUGAAAAAGGAAAUGUGUUAUGUGUGUGUGAUAUCACUGUAUGAAAAAAAGAAACUGAAAUGAAUGAAAUAAACUAGUUCAAAUCUGAACAUGACUAAAGAAUAAAUGAGUUUAAUUUAAUUGAAAUUAAAUGAAUUGAAACUUGAAUAAAGCUGAAAUUUGAUUAAAACUAUUGCUGGAAAAAGAAUUAAAUGUGUUUUAAAUUGACACUGGAGUGUAAGUGAAGCAACUAUUAAAUGCAUAGCCUUAAUGGACAGCCCUGUGCACACAUGUUACAACAAAUCUAAUGUAUAUCUGGCUAAACUAAAUAUAUAAAUAAAUAAAGAUGAAUAUGUACACUAUGAUUAAACACUAUAUGGAUUA